UCCAGCAUGUUUUACGACGGGACUUUGACGCUGGAAUACACUCAAGACCUGCAUUUGAAGAUGAGCAAGAAGAUAGCACAACUGACCAAGGUGUGUAGGUGUGAAUGCAUGGUGUAGGAUGGAGUGGACAAGUCAUUUAGAGCAGGUCGGCAUGUAGAUGGAGUGGUGCUGUGGAGAGGAAUGUGCUGGUGCUGGUGUGGGAUGUCAUUUGUAAACAUGCUGAUGAGGUCUGAUGAGAUUCCACUGCUCUGGAUGCUUGCAGGGUUCAUAGUUCACCAUUGAAUACUCAGGCAAGGGCUGCCAUUGCCAAGGGCCGAGGGAAGUUAUGUAAUCUCGGAGCGAUGCAGGGAUUUGGCAGAGCUGCUUCUUUGUAGUCCACCUGAAACCAGUGUAGGAUACAGGGGACACUAUGUCGCGCUGUAGUGGAAGAUUUAAGGUAAUUUAUGCUCUCAACACCAAGAACGACGAGCACGAGGAAGAAAUUGAGUCUCUGAAAGAAGCCCACGAGGACGAGGUCCAGCACAUUGUGACCGAAACCAGAGACAAGAUCAUGCAGUACAAGAGUAAGAUGGUGGACGAUGCGGACCUGAGGCGGCGGCUGGCCAGUCUGGAAGAAUCUGUCGAUCUCCACGAACACAUGAAGAGACAGGCUUUAGCAGAGUUUGAGAUGUACAGACAGAGAAUGGAGGAUUCACAGCUCUGUACUGAAGCCCAACACACACAGAGAGUGGUUUCUAUGAGCAGAGAGGUGGAGGAGAUGCGUCGGGAUUUUGAGGAGAAGCUGCGGGCGUUCAGCCAGGCUCAGGCCCAGUUUGAGGCGGAUAAACGGCGAGCGCUGGAGGAGCUGAGGGCCACCCACCGCCAGGAGGUGGAGGAACUCCUCAACAACCAGCAGAACCAGAGCGCCACCUCCUCCGAAGACCAGGAGAAACUGGCUGAGCUCCAUAGACAAGAGGUGGAGGCAUUGAUGGAGAGGGUGGAGGAGAUAUCAAAGGACAAGGUCCGUCUGGUGGAGGAGUUCGAGGCCAAGCUGGGCAAGGCUCAGGAGUAUUAUGAGAGGGAGCUGGAGGCCAUGAGGAGAACACACCAGCUCACCACUGAGAACCUGCUGGCCUGGAAAAGGACCGAGGUUGAGCUUCGUAAGGAGUUCCAGGCUCAGGAAGCAGCGCUGCAGCGCUCUCUGUCCAAGCUGAGGAGUGAGCUUCAGAAAGCUCAGGAGGAGGCCAGAGAGAACCGAGACAAGACCAACAGACUGCAGACAUCGCUGGCCAACGCAGAGGGAACUAUCAAGAACCUGCACAAACAGCUGGAAGAGGCCAUCCAGGACGGAGAGAUCUGGGUGAUGCAGUUGAAGGACACAGAGUAUGAACUAGACGGCAGCAGGGAACGAGUGCAACAGCAGGCAACUGAAAUCCUCCAUAAAGCCAGUCAGAUUGGCUCCCUGCAGGCCACCCAGAUGUCCCAUGAGGCCACCAUCAGGAACCUGGACCUAGAGCAGAGCCGGCUGAAGGAGAAGAUCAGCCGGCUGGAGGAGGAGAGGGAGGCUCUGCUCAACCAGAGCCAGGCCUCUAAUGACCAGCACAAACAACAAGUGCUCAAACUAGAACAGUCUCUGCGUGAGGAGCACCAGGGUUAUGAGAAGGAGCUCUGCAGGCUGAGAGCACACUACGAGGAGGAGAUGCAUUGCUUCAGGGAGGCGCAGGUUAGAGCACUGGAAGAGAUGGAGGAGAAACACCAGGCCAUGAGGGCGGAGGCCCAGCAGGAGAAAGAGGAGGAGAAGAAAGUCCUCAUGACGAAAAUGAGUCAGGAGUUUGAGAUUAAGCGUCUGUCAUUGGAGGAGCAGCGUGAUCGCCUUCAGCAGCAACUCGACAACUUGAAAGAGGAGCUCUCUGCCAAGCUCAAUAUGGCCAAUCAGGAGGUGUCCCACUUCCAGGAGCUGGUGAGAGAGGGGGAGCAGAACAUGAGUUCAGCUCAGGCACAGAUCAGCUGUCAGAGGGAAACUCAGGAGAAACUCAAGACAGAACUGGACGCUACUCGAGCCCGGGUCCGAGAGACCAGCAACCUGCUAACUGACCUACAGGAGGAGAUCGAGACCCAGAGACAGCAGCAUGAUGCCAGAGUGAUGUCCAUCAGAACAGAAGAGAAGCAGAAGAUGGACAAGAUGGCCGAUGACUUGGACCAGAAAUGGAGAGAUGCACUGCGGGAGGAGGUGCGUUUACUGAAGGAGGAGUUGAACGAGGAGUAUGAAGCAGAUAAACAGGCGGCGCUGACUCAGCUCUCCCAGCAGAAAGAACUGGAGAUGAUGGCGGCGAGAGAGGGCUGGCAGAGGAAGGUGGAAGACCUGCUGGAACAGAUCUCUCUAUUGAAACAGUCCCUGGAGCUGCAGUUGUCACAGUCCCAGUCAGCUCUCCAGCAGCUGCAGUCUCAGUUUAACCAGGAGAGAGAGCUGCUGAGCCAACAGCUGAAAGAGAUGCAGAGAGAACAUCAGAGGAGAGAGCAUCGACUACAGGAGGCCCACUGCUGUGCCCUGAGCACCAUGGAGGAGGCCAGACAACACCAGAUAAGGGCCCUGGAGGAGCGUCUGAAGCAGGAGCAGAGGGAGGAGGUCCACGCUUUGAAGGAGGCCCACAGGAGGACCUUAGACAUCCUGAGACAGCAGUCGGACCAGGAGCUGCAGACGCUGCGAUUUGAGCUGGAGGACGAAGGGAAAGCAAAGCUGGCAUCUCUUCGUGCAGAACUGAACCACAUCCAUGCUGCGUCAAUAGAGCAUCUAAAGCAGAUCCACCUUAAAGAAAACACUUCGGCCAAACGAGAUCUAGAGAAAGCUAUGGAGCACAGCCGUCAGCAGGAACAAGAGCUCCUAGUUCGUAUAUCAGACCUGCAAGCAGAGCUGUGUUCCCGUAGCAACCGCAUCACUGAUCUGGACCACGAGAUCCACUCUCUGAACGAGACCAUCGACACUCUGACCAGAGAGCUGGAGAUAAAGGGCAAAGAGGUGCUGCGGGUCCGCAGUGAAGCUAACCAUCAGAUAAGGGCCCAUGAACAAGACCUUUCAAAGAGACAUGAGAGGGAUCUGGGGGAUAUAAAUAUAAUCCAUCAAAGAGAAAUACAAAUCAUGCUGGCUGACUUCAACAAGGCCCAGGAGGUCCUCAAAGACAAGAUCACCGCGCUACAAAUACUGUUGGAGGGGACAGAGGACAAGUUAAGACACAGAGAGAGCCGACCAGAAGACCUGCAUGUCAUAGCGGAGCUCCGAGAGAUGGUCACCGAAAGGGAAGCUCUGGUGAAAAAGCUGGUGGACGACAAGAAGUUCUACCAGCUGGAGUUGGUCAACCGAGAGACGGGGUUCAACAAGGUCUUUAAUUCCAGUGCCAAUGUUGGUGUAAUCAACCCUCUUAUCAAGUUAAAAACAGGCAGCCAAUCAGAUCACCGCUUCUCCAGCUUUUCUAGCCAGUCAGCUCUCCGAUUGGUCGGCCCUCCCGCCAUGAGUCAUGAAGGAGAAGAAGAGGAGGGACGGGAGGUGGAGGAGCAUCCUCUUCCUCUUCCUUCUCCUCAUCCUCCACAUCAUCCCAUGCCAAGCCUUGCUCUUCCUCAUGCUCAUCAUCCUCAGGAAGCCCUGGUGCAUCAUCAGGGCCUACAAAGCUUUAGGAGCCUUCCUGAGGCCAACGCCACGACACCAUCUGACGGGAGGGGGGUGGAGGCAGGAAAAAGCAAAGAACAUGUUGUAAAAGAAGAGGAGCCGUACGCCCAGUACUUCACUUUCUGACCGGCAAAAAAAUAAAAUUCCAAUUCUGUCAAAAAAAAAAAAAAA